CAACGUGCGGGCGGUCGACCGAAGGCGCAAAGUAGUUGUACAUACACCACGCGCGUGUCUCGACCCACAACAUCCAAUAAACAUUGUCUACUACUACCUGAAAAAUACCCUGCGGUAUUAACCAGCCCGUCAAGUGAUUUAUUCAAAGUCACGACACUCGUUGAAAAGAAAAAUUAAAAAUUCAACGAUAAAUUAAAACACCCAAGUAACAAUCGGAUCAAACCCGGAUGAUUGGCUGCCGGCGGUGAGCAUCACUAGUGGGGGCAAGUGCUGAGUGAGUGAGACAGAGUAAGUUUGACCGAGUGUGGCGGUGUGUCCGCCAUGUUGAAUCACUCUCGUUAAUUUUUUCGCAGAGGUGGCGCGUAUUUUUUCACGUCUAUCCCCCGAAAAAAAAUCCAGUGUGGAAAUAUUUAAUCACUCGUCAUCAUCAUCUCCCUAAAUAACAUCUCCUAGUCCAGUCAUACAUCACAAUUACCCUUAACCCUUGCCGCAAUAUCCCGACGCUCUACACACGGUCGUGAAUCUAGUGAGUAAGAUGCCGGGAACAAGCGAGACGAAAGCGUGCGAAAAUUCGACUUUAUAAACCGACGAUAAAAAUGUUAAAAUGCAUCAGUGUUUCUGUGUACCUUUAAUCCCGGAUGAUGUGUGAGUGUGAGCAUCAAUGACAAUAAAAGAUCAAUCUCCAAUAGACACAGUGUUGCUCCUUGAGUCCGUCAAACAACCGCGACAGAUAAGCGCAAAUCAAUCGAGUUGACAUUUUUAUUUCUUAUUAUCAGUUGAAACAUCGUGAGUGAGAGUUUGUACAACGUGUAAAAGGAAUUCCGUGUAUGUUACGCCGUCCAGAUGAGAGUCUGAACGGGCUUACAUGAAGCUAACCGGCUCAUUCUCGUUUAAUCUCAUCACUUGGAUUACUAAAAAUCGAGGAGAUACGUAGAAUGGAAGCCAUGGACUUGGACGGUGACGCUGUCGUUGAUCUCAGUGUUAGUGUAAGACGAGACUCCCCAUCAGUAGUAUCGAAUCUCUCAGUCGACAGUGGUGUUCCUCUGGAUUUGGGUGUUCACUAUCAGCCCUCAACAGCGGAGAACAAUAUUCCAGAGCCCAGAAAUAUUCAAAACUCAUCACGAGGAAUUUUAGCACCUAACAAAUCGUCUGGUGAUGACCGAAGGCCCAGGCGAAACCUCAGACCAAGAACAGAGAGAAGUUAUGCUGAGAGUCCUGAUGAGCCUAGACUCAAUGGUUAUGUUAAUGGUAACACGUCGGACAGUGACGAGGGUGAGAUGCCACCAUUACUCCCGAUCAAGGAAUUGUCCUCCGACGAAUUGGCAGAAAGGGAGAGAACCUUGAGGAAGCUCAGGGAAGAACUGAGAUCGGAGGAGAUGAAAUUAGUUUUACUGAAGAAACUCAGGCAGUCUCAACAGCUCAAAGAAAAUAUUGCUGCUGUACCUAAGACAGCUAAUAAAUUACCACCACCAGUAACCAUACAGCCAGCACCGCACAGUCACAGAACCACAAAAGCUCCACCACCCUUGCUGCGGGGUCAGCCAGCGCCAAGCAGAAGCAGUAGUCUUCACGCACCACCACCAGGAAUGCUUCUACCUCCAAACGUAGGUAGAAGUCCAACGUCAAGUACAGGAAUGCCACCAAAUAUGGUCAUACCCCAGCCACCGCAUCCACGGACUAGACCACCAAGUCAGGCGAAUGUGCCAACGUAUCAUGCACCUGCCGACAGAACAGAGCGUACCACCAAGGAUCCAACACCUGUUCCUGCACAUCAGCAGCUCGUUGGACCACCAGAGCCAAAAGUAACUGCGUCAAUAAACACGCCUGUCAUACCCGAACAGGAGCGACAGCGGGAAGACAGUCAAUCGCCGGCGCAGCGUCAGGCAGCAGCGAAAUUGGCACUGAGAAAGCAACUGGAGAAAACACUUCUUCAGAUACCUCCACCAAAGCCACCGCCACCAGAAAUGCACUUCGUACCAAAUCCAUCCAACACUGAGUUCAUUUAUCUCGUGGGCCUUGAACACGUAGUGGAUUUCAUCACAAAGGAACCAGCAAUACCACCACCACCUGAGCCAUUUGAGUGUACACAGUGCAAGACUGAUUUUACACCGGUUUGGAAAUGGGAAAAACCGGCGACCAGUGGUAAAAAGGAUGGGCCACGUGGACAACAUGCGACGUUCUUAAGACCACCCGCUGGAAGAGAUCCAAGAGUCAUUUGUGAACAUUGUGUCACAACUAAUGUCAAGAAAGCACUCAAAGCUGAACAUACGAAUCGGUUAAAAACAGCAUUUGUGAAAGCCCUCCAACAGGAACACGAAAUGGAGCAAAAGUUGGCGCAAGCAGCGAGUCCUAGUCCGGAUCCACCGCCAAAACCAGUGCCGAAAUCUGUGACUCCAACUAGAAGAGUGGCAACCCCCCCAGCGCCACCCCCCUCGGUGCAACAAGCGCCCCCUCCUGCGCCCACCCCGCCCUCACAAAAAAUGCAAGAGCAUCCCCUUGUGAAGUUGGCAGAGGGUGGAAAAUUCACUCCCCAUCAUGCAGCGGCAGCAGCAGCCCUUCAACAACAGCUACUCCGAGAAUUGGCGAAAAAUCCAGUGCCAGGACUGCCACCACAUCAGCCCCUACCAGCUCACAUGAUGCCGCCCUUCAAUCCUCUUCUCUAUCCUUAUCAACUUGCAAUGGCACAAGCUGCUGGCGGCAAGGGUCUCGUCGAGCUACAGCGCCAAGCUGCUGAUCUUCAGCGCCAGUAUCUCCUCGACAUGAUACCCUCACAAGCAUCUCAAGGACAAACGAGUCAAGCACCACCCCGCGCCCAUCCGCACAAUUGGAAAACGUAACCGAGUGCAUAAAACGACAUUUUAACUGGCGAAAAAUUCCCGAAUUAAUUUAAUAAAAAUGCAUGAGCGCAUUUCAAGGGCAAUUCGAGGAUUCAUCACAGCAGUCGUAAUGCUCAAUGAUGUUUUUUUUGCUCCAUCGGGGGCCCAAUAUAUUGAAGAAAUAGCAGGUGAAAAACAUUGGAAAAUUAAUCGUUGAAAGACCAAAGAUUUUCUUCGAUUGAAAAAUGUGAUUGGUGAAGCGAAAUUUCGGUUUUUCACAGAUUGUGGAUGUGAUCAAUGUUUUAACCGGGUCUUAUAAUGUGGAUCGGGGGGUUAAUGAGGAAUUGUUGACCCUUGCGAUGAUCCUGGGACAGAUAUUUGACUGUUAUAUCAAUUGAUUCUCCCACUGAAUGAUAUGUCCAGUGGUUGAGAUAAGUGAAUAUGAUUUUUUCUUAACGGAAUUAAGGAAAAAAAUGAUAAGGUUUUUAAGGCACAUUGUGGCGAUCUUGCGGCCGGGUUUUGUCUCGCUGGCAGCAGUACCUGUAUUUUGUGUAUAUCUCUUUAAUUUUCUCUCCCCCCCCCACCCCUCCCCCUCACCCCACCUUUUUGAACUGUGAGUAUUUACUAAGGUCCACGUCGCUUUUCUGAGGUGAGACACAUUAUUUUUUUUGCGAGUCUUUUUGCGUCCCUCACGUGAUGAAUGUACUGGACGGUGUAUGGAGCGAAUGAGUUCCGGAGCGUGAAUGGGAGAGUGAUAAGGCCAACUCAUUCGUUUUUUAUUUUUCAUUCUCGUUACGGAUUUAUAAGUUUUUCCUUUUAAGAGAACAUUUCUGGUUUUUGUGGCGUAAAUUUAUUGUUCAAAUCAGGCUUGAAGUGAUGCAACCUAUUGUGUUGAUUACUUGAAGAAGUCUAUUUCGAAGAUAUAAUUUCUCACCAAAUUUUUUUUUUGAAAACGUACAAAUACAUAGUCUUUGAACAUUUCCAAAAAAUUAUUUGUGUUUGAACGGAAAUAUAAUCUUCAGUAAAUAACUCAAUUGUCUCAAUAAUCAUUAAAAUGUUCAAUGAGAAAAUUUCAAGAAACGCUUUUGUAGCUUUCUGUGAAUUUUAUUUUCUGAAGGACAAUUUAUUACUUGAGUCUAUAAAUAAUGCUAGCAUGAGGCCGUUGUCUCGAUUUGUAAAAGAAUAUUUAAAUCCUGAAAGAUUUUGUCGAGAUGGGGAGCAGUAUGAAGCAUUAAUUUUGAACUUUAUAUUUCCUCCUUCCGGAAAGAACAAAUUUAUUUGUUAUUACCAUAAUUAUCAAUCUCUCAAAAAUAGUAACUGAUGAAUGAUCAACAAAUUCGAUCGCUGACAAAUUCAUAUUAUGUGAAGAUUUAAAAAAAACAACAAUCGUCCUACUUCACUAAAAAAAUAGUUAUAAUAGAUCUAUAAUCUCGAUAAAAUUCGUAUAGAAUUACAUUAAAAUAAAAACAUAGGCAUAAUAUCAAUCUCUCUUUGUACGUCGCAAUAGGUAAAUUGAGCUCGAGAAAAUAUGAACUGAACGUUGUCAACGUAUUUUACGUCAUUUUAACUCUUCUGAAGUCACAUAAUAAUGAUGAAGAACUGAUAAAAAUCUCAAUUAUAGAAUAGAAGAGAGGAGAGAGAAGUGGAUUGCACGGCAGAAAAUGUGUUUUUUUUUCUGUGUUCCAAGUCACAAACUAACCUGUUAUCAUCACAAAUGGAGACAAAAUUGAAGGAAAAAAAAAAUGUUGAUACAUUGUUUUUGGCGAAUUUUUAGAUAAAGAAAAUUUUGGCAGAUCCUGAGUUCGAUGUAACUCCUAGUUGAAACCCCACAAAACUCCAAUUCGUUCCAACGAUGAAUUUUAAGAAGCAAAUAAAAUAUAUUUUUUUUACCUUGUCCUCUGGAUCUGCAUUGGUGCUAAGGGCUGUAGAGGAAAAACAUGAUGAAAAAAAUAAAUACAAACUCGAACUGAAUAAUUUAAAUAAUCCAAUGAAUCAAUGGUGAAAAAAAUAUUUAGCGAUAUCGUAGGGGAUUCGAAGAACUGGAAAAAUGUGUUUUCACGUGUUCACAAGUGACUAAAAAUUGACAUUUUUUCGGCAAAUAGAACAUGAAAACAAAAUAAUAAGAGAGAGAGAGAGAGCGCGAGACUUAAAAAUAUGAUGACAGAAAUGAAUGAAAAUUCAUUGCUCCGAAAUUCGUUCUUGGAACCUUUGACACCGUCACUGAUUGAAUGAAAUUUAUGAGGAAAUAUUCACCUCCUUUGCUCAUCCCCUCCCUUCCCCCGUUCCCUUCAUUCUGAAUCGCUAGGAUUAGCAGAUAAAUAACUGAAUGUUACAAAACAACAAAAAUUAAAAGUAAAAAACAAAAGUAAAAAAAUAAAGCUUGUCAAUGAUUGUA